AUGGAUGCUAUUUGGGAAUAUUCUGUCGACAUCGACGCUGAGGUGGCAGCGUCCACUGGUUGUUUCACGACACUACCAAUCCGCAUUCAUCAUAGAAAUGAUCUUGCAGAUGAUGCCACCAAACAGUCAAUUCUGGACUGGGGUGCCUAUAUCGGUGACGGUUGGGAGCACAAGUCUGGUUCAUCGUGGAGUCCCGUCGGAAACUGGGGGGCUUUCAUCUUCCCAGAGUCUCUCCCUGAACGUUUGGGAGUCAUCACAUAUUUGGCUAACAUGGGAAACAUUCACGACGAUUUGUGCGACGAACUUCCUUAUGAGGAAGCUCUCAAAGAGCACAAGAGCCUUAGUCAGGCCAUGGAAAUUAGCGCAGUGGACAAUCGGAGCAGCUCCAAGGCUGCUGAACGCUCGAUGAAAAUGAAGCGCUACAUAUCAAAGUGUCUUCUCGAGGCAAUGGAGAUUGAUAGACCUCGAGCCUUGCGCAUGAUCAACACAUACCGAUCUAAAUGGCUGGAUGUGAUGGAGAGGAGAGACGUAAAUGAAAUAACCAGCCUCGAAGAGUAUCUAAUCUUCAGAAACCUGAAUGGAGGCAUGGAGGCAUUCUGGAGUAUGGUAGAGUUUGGAAUGGCAGUCGACAUAUCAGAUCAGCAGAAAACGGCUGUUCGUCCAAUUUUUCAGGCGGCUGAAUCCGCCCUCGUGUUGACGAACGACUAUUGGAGUUGGGACCGCGAGUGGCGCCAAGCUCAGCAGACGGAGGAUCCCAGAAUUGUCAAUGCCGUCCACCUAUUCAUGAGAACUCAAGGUCUCUCCAUGGAGCAGGCCAGAGAGGCGGUUCGCCAGAAAAUCACAGACUACGAACAAAGUUUUGCGCGACUUAAGGCUGAGUUUCUCGGGGAGAAUCCCAAUGCCGACUUGAAUCUCAAGAAGUACAUCGGGGUUUGCGGAGCGAUUGUUGCCGGCAAUCACUACUGGUGUGCCAAUUGCCCUCGACAUCAUGCAUGGCGAGACGAUGAAAGUCUGCGCAGCGACGGCAGUUUCUCGUCUUCGCCAGUUCGCGAUGUCGCCAUUCAGUCCUCAGUUUCUUCUCCGGGACCAUACACCUCAAGUGUCACAUCGCACAACUCAUAUCCAACGACGGAUUUGGCGCUUUCCGAGCCUCUCGCACUCACAGCGGAUGACAACAAGACUUCUUCAUCGUCAAGCAACCGAGCUUUGAUCGCUCCAUGCCAAUACAUACGCUCUAUGCCAUCAAAAGGAUUACGGUCGUUGAUGGUUGAGGCCCUCGAUCAGUGGCUGCUUGUGGAUGACGAGUCGCUUGAAACUAUCAAGAAGAUUAUCGACCUGUUGCACAAUUCGUCGCUCAUCCUAGAUGACAUAGAGGACAAUUCCCCUCUCCGCCGAGGUCUACCAGCAACACAUAUGAUAUUUGGACAAGCCCAGUCAAUUAACACGGCAAAUUUCAUGUUUGUUCAGGCUGUCCAGCUCACCCGAACACUUAACAAUCCCGAGUGUCAGAAAACACUCCUGACUGAGCUUGAGCAUCUCUUCAUUGGCCAGAGCUGGGAUCUUUAUUGGAAGUUCCAUCUUCAGAUUCCAACGGAGCAGGAAUAUCUGGAAAUGAUAGACUGUAAGACGGGGGCCAUGUUCAGUCUUCUGACUCGACUGAUGGUUCAGGAGAGCUCCGUCGUUACGUCCAGUGAAACAGCUCAGUCACUAGUCAAAAUGUGUCAUCUCUUUGGACGCUUCUUCCAGAUCAGAGAUGACUACAUGAAUUUGCACUCGAAUGAGUACUCAGAUCAGAAAGGCUUCUGCGAAGAUUUAGAUGAGGGCAAAAUGUCUUAUCCGCUGAUUCUGGCUCUGCGACAGAAUCCAGAGCAUCAGGAUCACAUCAUGGGAAUCUUUAGACAGCAAGCUGCCAACACGGCUCGGAACAACUCCGCAGAGCCUCCGAGGUUGCCUCAUGAGACCAAGCGGUAUAUCAUUGGGCUCUUGAAGAGUUCAAAUGCCAUGGAUUUUACAUUGAAAAGAUUGAAGGAACUUGAGACGGCAGUUGAGCAAACAAUUGGCGAGGUCGAAAAAGCAUUGGGGGAUAGUAACCUAGUGAUGCGAAUUCUUCUUGGUAGACUGAGUUUGAGGGAUAUUGUUGCUUAA